AUGGACUUGAAAACCCUCCCAACUGCAGCGCGGGAAUCUGAGGUCUACUCCCAUAGCGACUUGUUGGCUUUGGUCGAGCAGUGCAAUCAUCUUGAGGAGUGGAAUCCGGUGGACAGUAAAGGCCGCAUCAACGCACGAAAAUCCACCGAAGUCGACGACAACAUCGUCGCCAUGGUUCUGAGACAUUUUGGACCCUCAGUGCAGAGCUGGGCUAAUGAGCGCAAUCUGGCACUCACGGGCCGCACGACCGCUCGCAACCCUACAUGGGCCAAAGCUGGUGCCCGAGUUGCGCCUACGCCCGGCACCAUCUGCUUGAUAAUCCCAUAUCCCGACACUAUUCCUGACGCCGACCUGGAAAUACGCUUUGAGCCUGUACGGAACGGAACGGAUUUCAUCAAGGUCGAUUGGCAGCUUCCGAAGCUGCUUCCCGUCGGCUCCGUGUUAACAGUAGCACGUGGUGAUAUCAAGUUUCUACCGAUUGAGAUUCACUGUAGUGCUUCCGGCCCGGCGGCAGCGCCUGGAGAAGCCAAGAGCGGCUACGCGACGGGUCCGAAUUGA